AUGGGUUUAUAUGUAUUUAGGAAGUUUGGAUCAAAAUAUCCUGCAGUGAAAAGUCUUGAUAUUGGAGCAACUAAUGCUGACAAGAAAGUAAUGACAGAAAUUGAAUCUAUUUCUUCUGAUUCAAGUUAUUUUUCCAAGUCUGAAGUGGAGGAGAUAGUUGCAUCUGAAUGCGGUUCAUUUGAAGGAAUGAUUUUAGACGUUAAAAUUUGUCAUUAUACAAUCCAGCCAAAUCGAUUGUAG